AUGAGAAGUGGGCGCAUCAAAGAAAGCCAAAUUCAAUCAUCUUCAUUUCAUAAAGAUUCCAAUGAUUCACAUGGCCGCGGUCCUCACCAGGCCAGGCUUGGAGGAGAAGGAUACUGGACACCAGUGGGCAGGAAUACAUCGACUGAUGGAAAUCAGUUUCUGCAAAUAAAUUUUGAAUCACCAGUGGAACUAAAGUUGGUAAGUUAAAUAAUAUUUUUCAUUUCCCGAGGGAAACAGUUAAUUUUUCUUCCCGAGGUUCUUCCCGAGGGACUAGUCAUUUAGGGAUUGGUUAUAUAUCUCCUAGAAGAAAUACUUCUUGGUGUACAAAUUUGUGGGAUGAAUUAGAAAGUAAAUCUUAUCGAGUGGUCAACAUUCGCGGGUAAUAGUGUACCGUUGCUCGGUGAUGUCAUAGAUGCCCAGAUAAAGUGGAAUACGGAAUCAUAGAGUCAAUUUAGAGAAAUACAGUGUCGGAAACUCCCUGUAUUGCACGUCUUGGCAAGUCUUUCUCAGUGUUCGUGUUAAGGGUAACCUAGUUUAUGAGCCGAUGCAAUGUUCCCAUCGCCAUUUCAUUUUAUUAGGAAGGGGUCGAUAAUCAUGGCAUACGGGUAACAACCUAGAAGGUCUCACCUCUAGAUCCGGUAGAUUCGGGGCUCUAGGUUGGACCUAGUCUCCCAGGCGCUGACAGGGAACUCUCUAUAAGUUUUUUGAGGGACAUGCACACCUUUCAUACCGGCAUGGUGACAGACCUAAUGUUAAGUAAGUUCCGUUAUGUUUUAAAAACAUAUUUCAUUGCCAAACUGCUUUAUGCUUUGCUUCUUUUAAUGACUGAAACAGAUCGCCGUACAGGGAAAACCAAAUAGCACAGCAUAUGUCAAAUUGUUUGAUGUGUUUACAAGUCCUAAUGGAGAUGAUUGGAGGAAGGAAAAAGCGUUGCUGCCAAAGGUGGUUAUGACGGCUCACCAAGAGCCAUAUACGUAUGGCUCUUGGGCUCACUAAGUUUGUGUCUUAUGCUGAGAAACUCAAGUUCAAGUCAUUGUUUAUAAAUUGUUAAAGUUAAGUUUAAAAUAAUAAAGUCAGUACAAUCUGUUAUCUUGGUGACCAUUUUUGGAACGCCUAUGAUCCUUCAUGACUGACUUACCUUCCAAUUUUUAAAAUCAUGAUGAGACUGGAAAAUCUCUCUAUACAGGUUUAACUAAUCACGUUCAGAUCAGUUUAAACCCGUCCGAGUCAGUGCUCCGUCGAUAUUCCCUGACCUACUGAACAUUUGUUUAAAAUCAUUUUUAAAAAUGGAACGACAGACGAAAGACUGAACACCCGCUCCAGUACUGAAACCUUCUAAAAAUUAUGUGUACAGAACAAAAGACCAGGCAAUUUUUUUACUUAAUUCGUUUUAUUCACGGAUUGUCUUCAUUCCAAAGGCUGACAUCACUGUGAAUAGCGGAGAUACUGCGGUUCCCACAGCUUAUCAAAACCCCACUGCAAUUCGUUUUCUUCGAAUCAACCCGAGGUCAUGGUACAAAGAGAGUGCUCUUCGAGUGGAAAUUUAUGGUUGUGUUCUACCAAAAAUAUCAACCGAAGGUAUGGGUGUUAUCGUGUUAACUAUGCAAAAAACGAGAAAGAUUGAACUUAGUUUAGACAGAUGUAUUGAACAAAAAGCAGUGUUGACUAAUCAGUGACGAUUAUGAGGUAAACCGUGAUUCUGUUGGACAAGGCGGCCUUAAGUGAUUUCCAAUUCCAUUCUGAUUAAAAGCAAUAAGGAAAUAGAUUGCGAAGCGCUGACUUCUUUUACUUAAAAUAUGCUGCUAAGUUAUCAACAAAUCGAGUGUAAACUCGUACUCAACUACUAAGAUUAAUAUUCAGACUUCGUCCCAUAGGCUCUGUGAGAUUUUAGCUUGUGCUGAUUUGUUUCGUGAGUGGAGAGGUUUUGAUCGGAGCUCGUAUUGGAGUGUGUUAAUGGCGUACAUAACACACCAUUUUUCUGCGUUGUUGACUUCUUUCAUCCUCAGCGACUAUUUAUAAAGUUGUUAUAGUUAUUUUAACUUUGGUUCAUAUUUUAUUUGUAUUCUAAAUCCAGGCCUUGCCAUGCCAGCACCAGUCCUGACCACAUAUUAGUCUCUAAACUGAUUACCCUAAACUUAACAUGCAUUUAUUUGGCCAUAGUGCAUUUGUGAAUUUACAGGGCGCGGACUCAAAGCUAUGUUUUAUUUAUCUGUUUAGAGUUCUCUGCACUUGGUGUCGAGAAAGCACUCAUUUCAGAUGCUCAGAUGACAUCCUCCUCCUCCUUGGACCCGUCUAAGACGAACGCUUCAAGUGGAAGGUUAAAUUUCAACAGUGCUUGGUGUUCGGCGACCUCCGAUGAAAUCCCGCUUUUUCUUCAAAUUGACCUCGGAGAAAUUCAUUUUAUCACAGCGGUGAGUACAAAGAAAAGUUUCAGGAACAGCUUUGUUUUAGUCACAGAGCCGAUCGCGACCCACGAAGUGUGAUUGUUUAUAUUUUAUUGCUAAAAGUCUUAAUUGCUGCAAAUGUGUUGCUGGUCAUGGAAAAUUUUGAAUGAAUUUUACGAAAAAAGACGCAGCAGAAUAUCCGGGAACCACGAAAAAAGGGAAUUUUGUGGGAUGUCUUUCACAACGUUUACAAGUGUGUACUAUUUUCCUUGAAACAGGCUUCAUCUCAGUCACGUGAUACCAAUAGUGGCAGUUUCGACAGUGUGAUGUCGUACAAGCUUAGAUAUUCUGUAGAAGGAGUAACUUGGACAUUUUACCAACAAAAUGGAAUUGAUAAGGUAGUUUUGAGAUAUAUUUAUAGUAACAGCAGCCUGCAGGUUCAGUUUUCUUGACGGAGUCGAGCGAAAUAUAUUAAGGGCAUUAUCAAUCCUUUCCAGAUUUUCCUAGGAAACCUGGUCGAGCAUUUUACCACAAAGAAUCACUUGGCACUUCCAGUGAAAGCAAGAUACGUUNCUGAUUAAAAGCAAUAAGGAAAUAGAUUGCGAAGCGCUGACUUCUUUUACUUAAAAUAUGCUGCUAAGUUAUCAACAAAUCGAGUGUAAACUCGUACUCAACUACUAAGAUUAAUAUUCAGACUUCGUCCCUAGGCUCUGUGAGAGUUUAGCUUGUGCUGAUUUGUUUAUUGGAGUGUGUUAAUGGCGUACAUAACAGACCAUUUUUCUGCGUUGUUGACUUCUUUCAUCCUCAGCCACUAUUUAUGAAGUUGUUAUAGUUAUUUUAACUUUGGUUAUAUAUUUUAUUUGUAUUCUAAAUCCAGGCCUUGCCAUCACCAGUCCUGACCACAUAUUAGUCUCUAAACUGAUUACCCUAAACUUAACAUUUAUUUGGCCAUAGUGCAUUUGUGAAUUUACAGGGCGCGGACUCAAAGCUAUGUUUUAUUUAUCUGUUUAGAGUUCUUUGCACUUGGUGUCGAGAAAGCACUCAUUUCAGAUGCUCAGAUGACAUCCUCCUCCUCCUUGGACCCAUCUAAGACAAACGCUUCAAGUGGAAGGUUAAAUUUCAACAGUGCUUGGUGUUCGGCGACCUCUGAUGAAAUCCCGCUUUUUCUUCAAAUUGACCUCGGAGAAAUUCAUUUUAUCACAGCGGUGAGUACAAAGAAAAGUUUCAGGAACAGCUUUGUUUUGGUCACAGAGCCGAUCGCAGCCCACGAAGUGUGAUUGUUUAUAUUUUAUUGCUAAAAGUCUUAUUUGCUGCAACUGUGUUGCUGGUCAUGGAAAAUUUUGAAUGAAUUUUACGAAAAAAGACGCAGCAGAAUAUCCGGGAACCACGAAAAAGUGAAUUUUGUGGGAUGUCUUUCACAACGUUUACAAGUGUGUACUAUUUUCCCUGAACAGGCUUCAUCUCAGUCACGUGAUACAAAUAGUGGCAGUUUCGACAGUGUGAUGUCAUACAAGCUUAGAUAUUCUACAGAAGGAGUAACUUGGACAUUUUACCAACAGAAUGGAAUUGAUAAGGUAGUUUUGAGAUAUAUUUAAAAUAGUAACAAGUAGUAACAGCAGCCUGCAGGUUCAGUUUUUCUUGACGGAGUCGAGCGAAAUAUAUUAAGGGCAUUAUCAAUCCUUUCCAGAUUUUCCUAGGAAACCUGGUCGAGCAUUUUACCACAAAGAAUCACUUGGCACUUCCAGUGAAAGCAAGAUACGUUCAAUUUUUUUUUUAUCCGGCCACCGCCCCCCCGCCACCCCCCCUCCUCCCUCCACCCCCUCUCCCUCUCUCUCCUCCUUUUUUUUUGUCUUUUUUUUUUUUUUUUUUUUCCCCCCCCCCCCUUAUUAUAUGCAAUAACUUUUUUUUUUUUUGUUUGGGGGGGAAAGGGGGGAAAAGGGGGGGAAAAAGGGGGGGGGGGGGGGGGGGGGGGUAAACAAGGUGCAUUAUGUGAAAAUGGUGAAUCGCAAUUUAUCCCGCCGGUCAGACAUUUUUGCAUAAAGCAUUGUAUAAGUGGCUGCUAUAGCGGAGCUUUUGUGUGCGCAGCGGAGCACCAUUGGUAAGAACAUUCGAUUAUGUAAGUUGCAUCUAAGAAAUUUUGGUGCUUACAAAAUCGUCCUUACGUCUCACCCCGUCAAUGGCCGUCAUAUAAGUGGAAGUGAAAUGUCACACUUACUCGCUGGGAGUGCAAGGCAUACCCUAGUCCGUGUUUAACUUGGUAUUGAACGUCAAUGCUAUGGCCAGUUUGACAGCUGUCAAAAAAGGUAUCCCCUGACCGGUGUCACAUGACUGUAUCGCUGGCCCAGGUAUGCCAUUCAUUUAGUUGACGUACUUUUUAAAGUUAUCCGCUAACCGGAUAUUGCUUUUCAAUUGAUCGCUGGCUCAGGUCCAUUCUUUUAAUGUGGAAUUCAGUUUUCUUUCCGUUUACAGCAAAAAUUGAAUUACUUGAGAAAGACAUUCCUUAAAAGAGCACUUGAAAGUUUCGCCUUUAGCCUAAAGCUAUAUAUUUAAAUAUGGUUAGCGUUUACUAGUGCACUUUUGUUUAGCAGACACGUCUUGUACACAGCCGCUUGGGAUGAGAAGUGGGCGCAUCAAAGAAAGCCAAAUUCAAGCAUCUUCAUUUCAUAAAGAUUCCAGUGAUUCACAUGGCCGCGGUCCUCACCAGGCCAGGCUUGGAGGAGAAGGAUACUGGACACCAGUGGGCAGGAAUACAUCGACUGAUGGAAAUCAGUUUCUGCAAAUUAAUUUUGAAUCACCAGUUCGACUAAAGUUGGUAAGUUAAAUAAUAUUUUUCAUUUCCCGAGGGAAACAGUUAAUUUUGCUUCCCGAGGUUCUUCCUGAGGGACUAGUCAUUUAGGGAUGGGUUAUAUAUCUCCUAGAAGAAAUACUUCUUGGUGUACAAAUUUGUGGGAUGAAUUAGAAAGUAAAUUUUAUCGAGUGGUCAACAUUCGCGGGUAAUAGUGUACGGUUGCUCGGUGAUGUCAUAGAUGCCCGGAUAAAGUGGAAUACGGAAUCAUAGAGUCAAUUUAAAGAAAUACAGUGUCGGAAACUCCCUGUAUUGCACGUCUUGGCAAGUCUUUCUCAGUGUUCGUGUUAAGGGUAACCUGGUUUAUGAGCCGAUGCAAUGUUCCCAUCGCCAUUUCGUUUUAUUAGGAAGGGGUCGAUAAUCAUGGCAUACGGGUAACAACCUAGAAGGUCUCACCUCUAGAUCCGGUAGAUUCGGGGCUCUAGGUUGGACCUAGUCUCCCAGCCGCUGACAGGGAACUCUCUUUAAGUUUUUUGAGGGACAUGCACACCUUUCAUACCGGCAUGGUGACAGACCUAAUGUUAAGGAAGUUCCGUAAUGUUUCAAAAACAUAUUUCAUUGCCAAACUGCCUUAUGCUUUGCUUCUUUUAAUGACUGAAACAGAUCGCCGUACAGGGAAAACCAAAUAGCACAGCACAUGUCAAAUUGUUUGAUGUGUUUACAAGUCCUAAUGGAGAUGAUUGGAGGAAGGAAAAAGCGUUGCUGCCAAAGGUGGUUAUGACGGCUCACCAAGAGCCAUAUACGUAUGGCUCUUGGGCUCACUCAGUUUGUGUCUUAUGCUGAGAAACUCAAGUUCAAGUCAUUGUUUAUAAAUUGUUAAAGUUAAGUUCGCCCAGUUUUUUUUUAAAAUAAUAAAGUCAGUACAAUCUGUUACCUUGGUGACCAUUUUUGGAACGCCUAUGAUCCUUCAUGACUGACUUAAAUCAUGAUGAGACUGGAAAAUCUCUCUAUACAGGUUUAACUAAUCACGUUCAGAUCAGUUUAAACCCGUCCGAGUCAGUGUUCCGUCGAUAUUCCCUGACCUACUGAACAUUUGUUUAAAAUCAUUUUUAAAAAUGGAACGACAGACGAAAGACUGAACACCAGCUCCAGUACUGAAACCUUUUAAAAAUUAUGUGUACAGAACAAAAGACCAGGCAAUUUUUUUACUUAAUUCAUGUUAUUCACGGGUUGUCUUCAUUCCAAAGGCUGACAUCACUGUGAAUAGCGGAGAUACUGCGGUUCCCACAGCUUAUCAAAACCCCACUGCAAUUCGCUUUCUUCGAAUCAACCCGAGGUCAUGGUACAAAGAGAGUGCUCUUCGAGUGGAAAUUUAUGGUUGUGUUCUACCAAAAAUAUCAACCGAAGGUAUGGGUGUUAUCGUUUUUAUAACUACGCAAAAAACGAGAAAGAUUGAACUUAGUUUAGACAGAUGUAUUGAACAAAAAGCAGUGUUGACUAAUCAGUGACGAUUAUGAGGUAAACCGUGAUUCUGUUGGACAAGGCGGCCUUAAGUGAUUUCCAAUUCCACUCUGAUUAAAAGCAAUAAGGAAAUAGAUUGCGAAGCGCUGACUUCUUUUACUUAAAAUAUGCUGCUAAGUUAUCAACAAAUCGAGUGUAAACUCGUACUCAACUACUAAGAUUAAUAUUCAGACUUCGUCCCUAGGCUCUGUGAGAGUUUAGCUUGUGCUGAUUUGUUUAUUGGAGUGUGUUAAUGGCGUACAUAACAGACCAUUUUUCUGCGUUGUUGACUUCUUUCAUCCUCAGCCACUAUUUAUGAAGUUGUUAUAGUUAUUUUAACUUUGGUUAUAUAUUUUAUUUGUAUUCUAAAUCCAGGCCUUGCCAUCACCAGUCCUGACCACAUAUUAGUCUCUAAACUGAUUACCCUAAACUUAACAUUUAUUUGGCCAUAGUGCAUUUGUGAAUUUACAGGGCGCGGACUCAAAGCUAUGUUUUAUUUAUCUGUUUAGAGUUCUUUGCACUUGGUGUCGAGAAAGCACUCAUUUCAGAUGCUCAGAUGACAUCCUCCUCCUCCUUGGACCCAUCUAAGACAAACGCUUCAAGUGGAAGGUUAAAUUUCAACAGUGCUUGGUGUUCGGCGACCUCUGAUGAAAUCCCGCUUUUUCUUCAAAUUGACCUCGGAGAAAUUCAUUUUAUCACAGCGGUGAGUACAAAGAAAAGUUUCAGGAACAGCUUUGUUUUGGUCACAGAGCCGAUCGCAGCCCACGAAGUGUGAUUGUUUAUAUUUUAUUGCUAAAAGUCUUAUUUGCUGCAACUGUGUUGCUGGUCAUGGAAAAUUUUGAAUGAAUUUUACGAAAAAAGACGCAGCAGAAUAUCCGGGAACCACGAAAAAGUGAAUUUUGUGGGAUGUCUUUCACAACGUUUACAAGUGUGUACUAUUUUCCCUGAACAGGCUUCAUCUCAGUCACGUGAUACAAAUAGUGGCAGUUUCGACAGUGUGAUGUCAUACAAGCUUAGAUAUUCUACAGAAGGAGUAACUUGGACAUUUUACCAACAGAAUGGAAUUGAUAAGGUAGUUUUGAGAUAUAUUUAAAAUAGUAACAAGUAGUAACAGCAGCCUGCAGGUUCAGUUUUUCUUGACGGAGUCGAGCGAAAUAUAUUAAGGGCAUUAUCAAUCCUUUCCAGAUUUUCCUAGGAAACCUGGUCGAGCAUUUUACCACAAAGAAUCACUUGGCACUUCCAGUGAAAGCAAGAUACGUUCAGUUUUAUCCAGUUUCUAUGAUCAAUUCUGCGUGCAUGCGCGUCGAACUGUAUGGAGAAAAAGCUCUUGAGGAAAACACAGGUAGGACUGAAUUAAAUUUAGGGGAGUAACCUGGACAGCGUCAGGGCAAGUGACGAAUUGCUAGACCGUUGAAACGUGCGCUUCAAAUCGGAUUCCUUUUCAAUGACAACUCUAUCAAACUGUUGGGAAUGCCUUCAGUCGCAUAAUAGUUUAGUUUCCCCAACAAGUUCACAAGUAUAACUGAGUUUAGCGCAAGGGGUUGGGAAGGGAUUGGCUUGAUCAGCCACCUACGAAUUAACUCCCAUUUUCCAGCCCCAAGCCGACAGGAGCCAACAAGAUGAUUAGAUAGUUCUCGUGGCAUCGAUGAACAAUUAAUAGCAUUUUUGAACUAUGAUUUUUUUUGUUAUUUUAUUGGCAGAUAUACCACCAGUUUAUCAACGAAGUUUUCUUUUGGAUUCUGAAAAUAGAAGACUUUUUGUCUGUAACAAGGAUGUUCCAAGGUAAAUGAAACACUUUGCCCUAUUCCUGUGUAAUUAUGUAAAGAGGAAAAUAUUACAGCAGAUCUACUUAUGACGGAAGAAUUCAAUUAUAUAGACAGAAGAAUGGCAAUCGGAUGGCUUAAAUAUUGCGGAAAGUUCCCCCCCCCCACUCCGGCCAGCCACAGAUCGAUACAUGUAUUGAGUAUUGCACGUUAAAAUAUCUGUGUCGCUUUGCUUACUUUGUAUAUUUCAGGGGUAAACCAGCUUGCUACCUGAACAAGUACGGGGUUAAAGAAGGUUGGUUAGGUAAGAUGUCACCUCAGAAUUACACGUCAAAAGAACCGUGACUAAUCAGAUGUCCAAACCCUGAAGAAAUAAGGAUCCACCGAGGUUCCGUUCUUCACAAUAUGAUAAGUCAAAAGCCGAAUCCAAAAUUGCUUUAUUAUUUACUCAAACUAUUUGCAAACUCACAUUAUCAUUGUUCCCGUCUUUAAAACAUUUACCUGAUCGGCUAUUUCAUCUUGUCGUAACGCGUGAAAUCUUUCACCUUUUUUUCUAACUCUACCCCUCUAAAACAGCUGAGCCAACGCGUCAGUUGUCCUUUUUAAUUUUCUGCUGACAUUAAUACAAUCUACGUCAGCUGUAUUGGAAUCGGCAAAUAUCUUACUUAUUUGUUCAGCGUUAGGUGCUUGUGAUCAUGAAUUCAGAUUCGCUUAUUUGGAUUUGCCAAUUUGACAGGGUCACUGCAACAGCAUCCGAGGUAGCCAAUUACUGCGGGCCUCAACUGUCCCCUCCCCCUGUGAGAAAUAGAACACACCACCGGGGCCUACUUCCUCUAGUACUCUUUUCGAACAGGUGUAUGGUUCUUUAACGCGCCCUUCUAAUUGGUAAGGAAGGAUGAAGGAGACAAGGCACAGACCAUGAUGCGAUCAUCGAACUGAAGCAAUUUCUUACAUUACAGCUAGACCAGCCAGGAUGAUCUCGCCAGCUUUUUAAAGACCCUGGUUGGUCCGGUCGGGAUUUGAAAGCGCUUCUUCCCACCCGGCAGACCAGUGCUCUCUCAACUGAGCUAACGGGUGACGCCUGGCCGGUGGAUUUAACCCAUUCAGAAUUGAAGAAAUAUUUUCAAUGAAUGACAAUACGAUUUGUUAUUUUUACAGCUCUAGAUAGACGCAUUGUCAGCAUUCUAGGAUACAGUAAAAUGCACGACAUGAUUUAUGGAGUGGCACCAAACAGAAGAUCAUACGUACGCUGCAACGUCACCAAGUGUAUGACAGUUGUUAAAACAUGUUGGCUGGCAGAAAGAGAAUCUCAAACAACUGUGCUUGCUUCAGAGAUUGCCUUUAUACCAGUGACGGGGCAUGAUUUGACCGAUGCACCCAUUUCUUUUUAUAACUUGAAUGACGCAGAAGGCAACACCUGGUCAGGUAGAAUUAUAUUAGAGACCUUAAUGAAAAAUCCGGAAAUCCGGAAAUCCGGAUCAGCUGGAUCAGGGAUCCGUGAUCACUCGGAUCAUGUUUCCAUCAUAACCGAUAAAUCCUUGUUCAGAGUGGAGUCAUCGGUUAAUUUGAUGCAACAUGAUCCGAGUGAUCUUUGAUCACUAAUCCUGAUCCGGAUCAUCCCAAAGGAACCCACCCUAAGAAGAGAACUUUAACAACCACGAGGACCACAUUUUCUUAGUGGGGUACGCGUGAGCCCGCGUCAUUUUGGCGGGAAAACGUGAUAGCCGUCUUCAUUCGACGACGAGUUUUAGUGAGAAUGUUGUAGCAGCGCGAAGCAAGUUAUCAAAUGUUAAAAGUUUUAAGUCAUUUUGCGAUCGGGAGAGGUCUUAUAACCUCCUUCAAUACAGAUAACAAUGCUAACUUUUUCUGGUGAAUCAAAAGUACAAUGAAACUUUCUGGGGUGUCUAUUUUCAGUUAAAUCUCCUACUCGUAGUCGUAAUCUUAAGGUCUUUGAUCUAUUGUGGAGUGGAAUACAGGGGUCUACUAAACCAAAUGUCUUUUCCCUGUAGGAAAUUGCCUCUUCUCCUGCAUUUCUAUGACUGGGGUAUUAAUUGUGUCAGAGAACUCAGAUAUUGGCGAUUUUAUAUCGCCUUUCCCUUAGUGGCUGACGCAAUUAAACCUUAACUGUCCAUUCACUUUUUCUCCGCGUAACUUGCCCUUGCACAAAAUCAACUGACCAUGCCUUUAUAGGUCCAUUGAAGCAUGAAGGGGUGGCAACGCUUCACCUGUGGUGAAAUGCAUAACAUUGCCGGUAUAACUGAAAUUCAUUUACCCACGAAACAUCGAAGAACAGCUCAAGAACUCGUUUUUAAACUCUCGCUAAUUCAUGCAGUUCCACUAAGAUCGAAUACGUCCCAGUGAAUGCGUUGGCCGGGUGGCCGCAGAUCAGCAUGACUGAUGAUCAGGCCCCGUUCGCACGAAUCUGGAUAUUUGAAAACCACAUAAUUUUAGCUCGAAUAGGACAUGGAUGAGUGAGUAGAUUCACUGCUUUCGUGCUGUUUCAAAAAUAUCCGGAAUCGUGUGGGUGGGGCUUCUCUGUGAAUAACUUUAGUUCUAGAAUUGGUCUCAUUAGUCGAGUCCUUCUCUAUGUGUGUGGAUAUAUAUGAUUACAUAUGAUUACUGAAAUUGAGUUCCUCUCACUUAUUUCCCAUUUUUUUUCUCUUUUAAAACCUUUGCUAGCAUCAGCGGUGGGUCUACACUUCAAAGAGGCACCAAGCCAGACAUGGGAGUUAAAAGCAAGAUGGAGAGCGAAAGGUACGAUUUCAGCUUAAACCAAAGCAAAAGCACUUGUUACUUUUUUUCUCUGAAAUUUCCCUAUGAACAUAAUGUUUACUGAAAGAUCGUAUAGCAAAUUCCUGGUAUAGUAAACACAACAAGUGAGGAAGCCCUUACUCCGUACUAACUGUGCCUGAUGUCUAUAAUUUUGUAUUUACAGACCUGAACGAAUGCUACAGUAGUCCCUGUGAGAACGGUGGAUCUUGCGUCGGAGAUUACAAGAAUUAUACUUGUAUCUGUACAAAAGACUGGUUAGGGCGAAACUGCGAGAUUGCUCAUACUAUUAGUGAGUUAUUUUUCCCGGACUUUCUUAACGGACUUUUUUACUAUAUAAUUCAUCACUUUAUCAACAAAACAGCAGUGGAGAAAUAAAUUAUGGCCAUCUUCCGUUGUCGGACCUGGGAAUAGGUUGCUGGGGUAAGAUUUUCACCACUUGAUUGGCCAUAAUUUGCUUUUUUCCUCUGAAAUUUCCCUAUAAGCAUAAUGUUCACUGAAAGCUCAUAUAGCAAAUUCCUGGUAUAGUAAACACAACAAGUGAGGAAGCCCUUACUCCGUACUAACUGUGCCUGAUGCAUAUGUCUAUAAUUUUGUAUUUACAGACCUGAACGAAUGUUACAGCAGUCCCUGUGAGAACGGUGGAACUUGCGUCGGAGAUUACAAGAAUUAUACUUGUACCUGUACAAAAGCCUGGUUAGGGCGAAACUGCGAGAUUGCUCAUAGUAAGUUAUUUUUCCCGGACUGUCUUAACAAACAUUUUUACCAUAUAAUUUAUCAUUUUAUCAACAAAACAGCAGUAGAAAAAUAAAUCAUGGCCAUCUUCCGUUGUCGGACUCGGGAAUAGGUUGCUGGGGUAGGAUUUUCACCACUGGAUUGGCCAUAAUUUGCUUUUUUCCUCCGAAAUUUCCCUAUAAGCAUAAUGUUUACUGAAAGAUCAUAUAGCAAAUUUCUGGUAUAGUAAACACAACAAGUGAGGAAGCCCUUGCUCCAUACUAACUGAGCCUGAUGCAUAUGUCUAUAAUUUUGUAUUUACAGACCUGAUGAACAAAUGCUACAGCAGUCCCUGUGAGAACGGUGGAUCUUGCGUAGGAGAUUACAAGAAUUAUACUUGUACCUGUACAAAAGACUGGUUAGGGCGAAACUGCGAGAUUGCUCAUAGUAAGUUAUUUUCCCCGGACUGUCUUAACGGACUUUUUUACCAUAUAAUUUAUCAUUUUAUCAACAAAACAGCAGUAGAGAAAUAAAUUAUGGCCAUCUUCUGUUGUCGGACCUGGGAAUAGGUUGCUGGGGUAGGAUUUUCACAACCGGAUUGGCCAUAAUUUACGUUCAUUAUCGAUAGAUUUACUUCUGAGUCCGAGGAAUGCUGUGACCAAUUUCAUUAUGACUGCCCAUCUCAUGUAUAGUGGAAAAGCGGUGGUGUUUUAUUAGGUCGCACAUUUGUGUGUGUGUGUGUGUGAUACAUAUACUUAGCUUUCAAACACCUAGCGUAGUUGAGUUUUGUCGCUAUCCUAGAAGGAAUGGGCACUUAAAAUAUUAAAAUAUACUGCCUUAAGUGGAGGGCGUGCUAACUCAACGGAGAGAGGUCGAGAGGCGCUUAUUUGGAGAUGGGUGCCAGUUGAGCAUUGCCUAGUCCCAAGGCCUCAUUAUUCCUCGCGGUGACGUUUCGGGUCACAUGAUCCAUUCGUCUCGAAUACGUCACCGAAAUACAUUGACCGAGAAGGCCUGGGAAGACGCCAUAAGGAUCAGGCAAGGUGAAUACCUUAGUAAUUGUUUCAUGGUCCCUUUUUAAAUCUUUUUUUAACUUCUUAGAUGUUGUGCCUCCAACGCUGACGGUUUACAUUAGCGCUGCAAGCUGCUCUGGAACCAAAGACGACGCGAACAGAAUAAUAAAAUCACCAGGAUACCCGUCCUCUUAUUCCGAUAAUGAAGACUGCACAUGGGAAUUAGUUUCCUCCCAUCGGAUUAAGCUCACUUUUACAUAUUUCGUAACCGAAGCUAACUAUGAUUACUUGUAUGUGUACGAUGGUGACUCGACGUCUUCUCAGUUUGAAAAAUGGAGUGGAGUAAACACUGGAGAAGUGGUAACCAGUACAGGACAAAAUUUGUUUUUGAAGUUUACUACCGAUGGCAGUGUGAUUAACACGGGAUUUACAAUCAACUUUAAAGGUAAAAAAAUAUACAAGUUGUUAGACUUCACUAGCAUGAGUAUCUGA